AUGCCGUUAGCACGGUCCCCGCCCAGGAGGCCGGUUAAUUUGCCUUCCGAGGCGGCCGAGGCGCGGAAAGCGGAGGCCUCAGUCGCGCGGUCAUCACCACCUCCGUCGAGCUCUUCAUCUACCGAUUUCUUACCGACCUGGAGACCGAUAGUGGAUUCCAACCCCGCAACUGACAGCCCUGACGCAUCUCAGGCAACCGAUAUUACCGAUAGCCAGGAACAAACGCCGAUGUCUCCACUCGACAUUGGCACUCUCAUCCAAGAAUCAUUGGGUAAAAUCAAGGACAACCUCACAGCUAUAUCUACAAAAGUCUACGAGGGGACCUAUCUCUCCAGAGUAAACAAAGAUAGGAUCAACUCCACAGCUCUCGGCUCUAUCAAAGAAGUCGAAAACAUUCAGACCCUACUUGGAACACUGCUCAGUUUACCGUCUCCUCUUGCUAGGCCGGAUACCACCCUCGAAACUACUAUUCGUACCGACCAAACUGACGCAUCAGUCGCCACAGAAAUAGAAACGCUAAAGAGCGACAUCGCCGAAAUCAAGGCCCUGCUCACCUCCAGACCUAAGACCACCUAUGCGGCGGCAGCGGCGGCAACCAGGAAGCCAGCAACGACGCUGGACACCAACUUCACCCCUGCCAACGUUAAAUAUGUGUCGAACAAUAAGAUCAGGGUAGAAUUCGACACCCAGCAGGAACUGGACACAGCCAUAGAGAAGGUAAACAAGCCCACCUCCUCCGUGAGUGCGGUCAUCGCCAGGAAACUCAACCCUAUGUUCAUCCUGAAAGGUAUAUCUAACAGUACACCCGUGGAGGAACUGACCGACAUUAUCACCACACAGAACGAUUGCGUGAAGGAAGCGACUACUCCCGACGCUACAACCGGAGAUAUCAAAUUCGCAUUCAAACGAGGCAACAGAAACCCUCGCCUUUACAACGCGGUGUUCACCGCCUCCCUCGCCUGUACAAAUCCAUCGUCGACGCCCACCACAUUAACAUCGAUCACCAGCGGGUACACGUGGAAGCGUACACCCCGCUUCUCCAAUGCUUCAACGGUCACCAGUACCGAGACUGCCCACACAAAGCAGACUCUAGCCAGGCCAAAUGCUACAAUUGCGCCCAACGGAAAUCCGCAGCCGACUCCUCCAAGCAAUCCACCCACUCGCACAGCGCCACAUCCUCCUCGUGCCCUCAGGUGGUACGAAUGA